AAGAAAGUAAGGCUUCGACAUUUCCUGCCUGGGAAGUGGUGCAGUUUAUCUUUAAGGAGGCUAGAGAAAUAAGAAAUGAGUCUCACGUUGCAUGGGUGACAUCACUGGCUUUUGGCUCAGCGCUCUGUAUUCUCUGUCUGUAGGCUUUAGCCAAGGCUGCAGGGCUCGGUGUUUGAACAAGGAAAGAUUCCCAGGUGUACAGAAGAUUGGAUUCGCUCUUAUUUGGGUUAAAAACGGUGAAAUGAGAUUUCUAAAGCUUGGGGACUCCAGCUCGCCUUCUGUUGCACUUGAUCUCUACAAAAUGGGUGAGUUAUUCCCAUUAGAGAGAAAGGGAGUGGAAAUUUAAGGAGAAAGAAAAAUAUGUCUGAAUAUAUAACUGCUGAUGCUGGGGAUACGAUUCGUAUGAAGCUGCUGAGCUAAAAAUCUCAGCUCCGACGUGGAGAUCGGCCCAUAUGGCAGAGAAAUGGUGCAGACCGAAAGCUGUUGACAACUGUUAGGGGCUGCUUUCCUCUCCCCGCGUAAGGUGUGUGUAACCUCCCCCCCACCCCCAUCCUCAUCCCCACCCCCCGGUUUGUUUUGGUUUGAUUUACCCCGACCUCCCUCCCCUCCCCAUUCCUUAGCUUCCUUUCAGCCAGCCGUAGCCCUGCCUGCCCGCCUUCAUCUUGCAGAUGGCUAACGUGCCGCCGUGUUAGGCAAACUGUGCACAACACAUCCCAGCGCCGGGGACGAAGGAAGCCUUUUUUCAUAUACCAGCGGAAAGGGGGUGGUGGUGGUGGUGGAAAAAAACCCCACGAUGCCGGGGCCGAGGACUGCUUCCAGUGCUGCCUAGCGGGAGGCGGGCGGUCGCGGCAGGUCCCCCCGCCGCCUCUCCCGGCCCGGGAGCGGGGAGGGUCGGCGCCGCGCUCGCCGGGAGGGAGGAGAACCGAGGCGCUGCCGGGGCGCUCCGGGGAAGGGGCCGUGGCGUUAACGCUGCCUGGAUGACAGCGCAGACGACAAAAGCAGGCGAGUGAAUGGCAAGGCUGGCAGAGAGAAGCCGAGGUGUUUCCGAAGCCAAGAUGUCAGUGACUGUCAGCGAAGACUGCUAAGCGAGAGAGAGACCUGUGCAUGCCUGCGGUUCCAGAUCCAGCCGAGGAGGUUGUGUUUUAGCCACGAUUUAAAACAGCAGCGGCAGCAGCAACAACAGAUUGCUCCCCCCUCCUGCUCCCUCCCCUUCGACCCCGCUUUAAACCCAAGCAAACGACCGACCGUCCAGACGAUGAUGCUCUCGCUGAGCCGCUGACAAAAGAAAAGGCAAGUCACUCGUUCCUGCAACCCGGAUACCCGGCUGCUUGCAAGCGGGAGAUCUCUAGCUGUUGAACUUUUCUGUCCUGUGAUGAUGCUGUGGUGAGCCUGCUGAUCUGAAAGCCAUCUCUUCUGGGUUUCCGAGCUGGCCAGAUUGAAAGAGAUUAAUGGACUGAUCAAACAGCUGUAGCUUUCAGCUUCAGGGGGGAUAUAACCCAUCAGCCCUUGUCGCUCGGUGCUCGUGGUGGAGGGGAGCAGGACAUCUUUAGUAGGUGGGUUGCUGGCUUCGAGGUGGAAGGCUGUGUUUCUCCUCGCCAGGUCUCUUCCACAGAGGAGCAGAGGCAGAUGAGACUCCAGGACUGCCUCCAGGGCAGAACUUUGUAGCGCUCUCAGCAUCCCUCUGCAGCGUGGAUGUGAGCCACGGGAGUUGGGAUGUUUGAGGCAGUCUCUGCCAAGUGACACCUAGCAGCUGCUCCGGAGGUUUUUUGCGUGGUCUCACGCUCAAGGGCUUUGCCUGUUGUGAAGAUGUCCAUGGUGUUUCUGUGAAGCUGAGGUAUGGCUGCUGGAAGGUUACUGUUGUAUGCUGGCCUCUCUUUAGCUCUCUGUGCCCUGGGCAUGCUGGCUGUGGCAAUCUGCUCUGACCAUUGGUACGAAACUGAUGCCAGGAAGCACAGAGAGAGGUGCAAGAGCAUCACCACUAAGAGAAAUGAUCCUGGCUUCAUUUAUAAUUCCAACAACAACCUGCCUCUCAGGGCCAGCAGGUCUAGGUUGGACCGCUGGGAAGGGAAACUCCUCUUGGCAAGAAACAGGAGGCAGAUCUUUGCUAUGAGCGCAGUCGAUGAGUGCAACAGACAGUACAACUCGACCAACAUGGGGCUCUGGAGGAAAUGCCACCGACAAGGAUUUGACCAAGAGCUGGAGGAGCUGAUUGCCAAAGGAGCAAUUGAGCGGUGCACGUACAUCAAGUACCACUACUCCUCAGCGACCAUUCCCAAGAACCUCACCUACAACAUCACGAAGACAAUCCGUCAGGAUGAGUGGCAUGCCUUGCAUCUGCGCAGGAUGACAGCUGGCUUCAUGGGCAUGGCUGUGGCCAUCAUCCUCUUUGGAUGGAUUAUCGGGGUGCUGGGGUGCUGUUGGGAUCGAGGCCUUAUGCAGUAUGUGGCAGGGCUUCUCUUCCUCAUGGGAGGAACCUUCUGCAUCAUUUCACUGUGCACGUGCGUGGCUGGAAUCAACUUUGAGCUCUCCCGCUACCCCCGCUACCUGUACGGACUUCCCGACGACAUCAGCCAUGGCUAUGGCUGGUCCAUGUUCUGUGCGUGGGGGGGCCUGGGCCUCACUCUUAUCUCUGGCUUCUUCUGCACCCUGGCCCCUUCUGUCCAACCUGUCCCCAGGACCAACUGCCCCAAAUCUAGACCUGAGAAUGGGACAGUGUGCUAAAACAAAUAGCAAACAAAUGCACACACACAUACAUAUAUAUAUAUAUAUAUAUAUAUGUCUAUGUAUACCUAUACAUGCAUAUAUAUGUAUAUAUAAUUAUAUAUAUAUAUAUACUCAAAUUAAUGCCAGUGCCAAGGUAGAGCUGAGUCCGACACGGCACUCACAUCUCCACUGGACUCUGUGUUGCUUCGUUCUUUCUCACAACGAUGGGAAAGCUUUUCUCUCACAUGGCUCUUCCAUCCAACUCUUAACUUCAGCAUCAUACCUUAGAGGUCAAAUGAACAUACAGUUGCACCUACUUACUGCCGUUUGGGAAGGGGAACAAGGGGUCCAUGGGGGGGAUCUGGAAUCAGAAUCUGUACGAGACAUGGAGGAUGGGGUGGGUGGGACAAAAAGCCUGACCAUUGCAGCCAGAAGGGAGAAUGCAAACAGCAAGCAAAGGAACAAUUCAAGCAUUUGAGCCACCUCUACAACGUACCUCCUCAAGGCCAUCAGAAACCCACACACUUUCUUUUUCUUUCUUAAAACAAAAUGACAGAAGCCUGCCCUGUCAUUGGUUUGGGGGUUUUUUUUUGGUUUUUUUGGUUUUUUUUACUUAAAACAUAGAAAACAAAGUGGACAGAACGUGUGGGGAAAAGCAGAAAAGCAUUUUCUCUUUGCCUGCCAAACUUUAGAAAGAAGCAAACAAGUGAAAAUAAUAAUACUAGUAACAAAAGGAUCUAACAAAAUAAAAACAGAAAACAACAAAAAAAAACUCCAUGAGGACAUCUCAGCGGACUUUCCAACAAUGCAGUUUUAAUCUUCCAGCUGCCUUACAUCCAGGCUUACAACUGAGGCUGAACUGCUAACGUAAAUGCAGCAGAAGGCCUUUUGAAAAUGCUGUGAUACAUGUGUGUAUAACUUUUUCUUCCCUCCUUUUUUUUUUUUAAAGAAAAAGAAAAAUUUAAAACAUUGCAAUGUGAUUGUCCAAUAAACCAUCCAUGCUGUGUUUGUGGCCCAAAACUGAGGCACUGCAACUGCAGAAGCGUGAGGAAACCCAUCAGGUCUGAGACAGCGUGUCUCCUCUGGUGGAUUUCAGGAUGGUUUUUUGUUUUCAUGGAGCAUCUGAGAGUUCAGGAUGGUGGAUCCAAGGGAAGACUGACCAGGAAGAAGGGAGGUGGGGGGAGCCCUGGCAGUUGUUCUUCCCAGGUACUUACUGGAGUGGGAUUUCAUCAAGUUUCCAUUUUGGAUGUUUGAGACAACUGGGCAAAAGCCAUUGCCGAGGAGAAAAGGGGAGCUGAUUUUUGUAAGGGAGAAGUCAGAGACGCCUCUUGUUGUGUUCAUGUAUGCCAAAUAAGACCUUCCCACAUCUUUGGAAACUGCCCCGGUUCACUGGACAUCUCCACUCUUCAGCUGGGAGAACUGCGUACAGAUGGAAGCGAAAGGGUCAGAUGCAGAAAACAAGAGACCCAUUUCCCAUGAGCUCAAGCGUUGUAUAAUGUAAUUGUGAAUCUGCAAAUGGGACUCUCUCUUUUUUUGGUCUUUCUCUUUUUCCUGCUACUCCUCUUCCCGUUGUCUCCUUUUUCCUUCACUCUGCUUUUCCCAUCAUUCAGGUGGUAGGUACCAGAAGAGCUAAAGGAACAGCUAAGUCUGGAGAGGCGGGUGAAUGCCCUUAGGGGAAGCAAAGCAUUUUGGCUGUGAGGGCAGCGGGCCCUUUAGGGGAACAGUGGCUGAGGGGAAGGUGGGGAGAAAGGGCCAAGGGUGUAACCAAAGGGAGUCUGAAGAGGUGAUGACUGAAUGGCCGUAUGCGGGAGUGAGGGUACCACUGACAAACAUACAGGCAAAGGGAGACAGGGCAAAGAAAAAAGGCCUCCUGAAAACCAACUCAACCCAACCCAACAUGCUCUUAAUUCAGGGAUAGUACCAGCAAUCCUUUCUUACAUGAUGGCUGCAUGCUGUCAGUCCUCAUUAGUCAACAAAAGUCAUCCUCUGCAUCUACAAAAACUCACCAGGAGAAGGAGGCAACCUGUUGAAACUGCCUACUGCACAUAAAUGAAGGCAUUAAUUUCCAGGUCAUGCCAUUCACACAGCUGGCAAGGAACAGUAUUUUGCUCGGUUAAAAAAAAAUCCAACCAACAAAUAAUUCUUCUGCAAUACAAUUGCAUAGCCAGCCAUUCCCCUUCCAGCCCUACUUCCCCUCCUCAUUACACCUUAUGUGAUGAUGUUGCUUUAUUAACAGUGCCCAAAGAAAGGACGUUUCUGGAGGGUGUUUUGGAGUAGGGUAGAUUUGAGUUGCUUUCAUUCUUUCUCAACUACCUAGCUUUUACUUUCUCUGGUCUACAAAUUCCCCAAACAUGCCAACGCCAGCUGCCAAGCCAGUGUGUUGCCAUUGAAGUGCCAUCCCUGGCAACUGAAGUUUUGUCAUUUCAUUCUCCAUUAGAUCUGACUGGAGAAUGUAUUUAUUUAUUCAUGUUGAAAAUGCCUUUUGAAGAAACCUCCUUUUUAAGUAGAUCGGUUUAUUGCUUUUUUUCUGGCAAGGUUUUCAAAUAGAGUGGUUUUGAAAAGCUUUGAAACCGUUUAACUGUGCAAGUGCCUACUAGGUGAGGAGGCUGAUGAAUGACUAUUGGAGUGAAGAAGGAAAUUAAAAAUAAAAUCAGCUCUUGGAAAGCUAAAUGAAAACUAAAAGCAGAAAGUCAAUAACUGAAAACCAAGAGAGACCUAUAAACAUUUCACGAACUUUUUCAAAAUAUGAAAAAUUUUGAGAAAAACCAUCUCUCAUUAAGAGAUUAAUGCUUUAGAAAAAUGGUAAUUGUUUUAUUAAAACAGCGUUGAACGCAAACUUCCUUCCUCCUCUGCAGUGCUGAGCGCAAUAGGGAAGGUGUUUCAUGUGAACACAGAUACCUGGAGUGAGCCAGGUAAACAAAAUGGCACGGAGGUGUCUAGCUGGAGCCCACCAUCAUGUCCUGUGGCAUGGAAAGCAGUAUGACAGCUCCUGUGAUGAUGUACAGUCUUGUGUGGUCCGUGACAAUCCACAGGGUGUAUUCUUUUGCAGAUCCAGUUUUGAAAGAGGUAUAGCGGUAAGAUUUAAAGAACUUUAAAGUAUUUUGCUGUUUUGUGGGUUCUCAAAGCUUUCCUUUCUUUCUGCGGCUGGCAUGAAAAUAGUUCUGCCUUGAUGAAUUAUUCUCUGACAGUGUUGGUUUACAAGCUGUGUAUGAGCCUGUGUGUUUGUCUGUGUGUAGCGAUGGUGGAAGAGGGUUAGGAUUAUUUUUAUUUACAAGAGACAAGUGUUAACCCUGGACCUUUAGACCAGUUCUGUGAUGUUCCACGUGCUAUAGCAUGGGCUCUGUAAGGCCUGUGUGGCUAUGAAACAUCUAAAAAACUAAGGGAGUAAGUGUCUGAAGCAGUAAAUGAUCUUAUAACCUUAAUCUCAAACCGGAUCCCCAAAGGGACCAUUUGUCCAAACACCAGUUCUCUUGUCUUUGCCUCAAAUAAAGGCAACCCCCCUUGGGAUAUUGUGAAUUUUCCUCUGUUACUUGCAGAACCAGGACGAGCCCCAUGUGCUUUGAUACCCUUGAAGGGGGCUCACAGCCCCACCACGCAUUCUGUUGGCUCAGACUCAUCUUUAGAGCAGGGUUGACUCAAAAUACAUCCGGAUCCAAAUUUACAAUGGUUAGUGUCUCUGUCUGUCCUGAGCCAAAGCACACUGCCAUCUAGUCUGAGUUUCUGCAUUUUUGGGAUGCUUUGAAAUAUCUUUUCUGCACAGAGAUUCAAGCUUUUUGACUAGCGUCUGGUUUUCAAGUUGAAGGAGUAGUUAAUUAGAAAUCUGUUAGCUGUGAUCCCGGCAUUAAGGGGCUUGACCUCAUCCUUCAGAUCUGCUCUGGUGAAGUGCCUAAGCAUGUGUUUGCUGGGAGCAUGUGACUAAUCCCCUUAAUUUUGGUUGACUAUUCAUAUGCUUAAAGUUAAGAAUGUGUUUUCCUGGAUGAUGUUCAGCUUCCUGCAGAGUCCAGCCCCCGCUUUUCUUUUCCUAUCCCACCCUUGUAGAUAAAGUGACACUCUUGUCCUAGCCUGAUGUACCAGCGGUUGUUUGGUCUCCCUUUCCGUGAGGUGGUAACGUGGGGCCUGUAGCUGGCAGGCUCUCUCCCUCACGUGGCCUUUCAUAUUGCACUGCUGAGACAACACGUCUCUAUGCCCCAGAGACCACGGAGGAACUUGACUGCAAUGAACGCAGAUGUCAUGAAAUGCCAGUCCUAGGGACGCAGGAUGAACUGGCUCAACCCACUGCGAUCUGCAGGCUGAGGUUUUAUGUGUAGGGACCCUCAGUUAUUGUACAGUGAAGUUGUCCUGUGACCGCAGCGAGUUACCUACAGGGGGUCCUGCUGUCCAUCCCUGCUGGGGGCACUGUACACAUGAGGGGGCUACAUGGCAGGAGUCCAUGUGCUCUGUAUCUUAUGUACUGUAUAGAACACCUUCUUCUUCAAGCUAAAGCUGUUUGGUGUUAAAAUUCCUGACUCACAUUGGCCACCUGUAUAUAUCAUCUCUCCCUUCUCCCUCUCUGCAAACACACAACUGAUCUUCCCUGAUCUAAAUAUUACAGUCCCUCCAGUUAUUUUUUUUCUUUCAUUCUACUCGAGGGACAGUCGCAAGUGGAUCACAAACCACCAGUGACCAGAACAAUUUCUUUGAAAUACUGCUUUUGAAAAAUUGCCGUUACUUUUUAAAAUGUUAUUCCAGCUGCAGUAACAAAUGAAAGGAAAAAAAAAAACCACCCCUCAGAGUCCUCUAAACAGCGGAUCCUCAUCCUCCCAGGAGCAUGCAGGUAUUCGGCUUUCCUGUAGCUGCGAGUCAUUUGGGACCACUUUUAGCUAUGGCAUGUUAGCUGUGCAGCUCACUGGAUAGUGAAUAAAAGAACAUCGGUGAGAGAGAGGAUUGAUAAGCAGGGUGUAUCUCAAGUUCCCAAGCAUUCCUGGAAGACUGUGUCUCCAUGGCUGUCCAUUUACCUACCAUGCAGCGCCUCCGAAUCAGGCUCAUCCUUGAAGCCCCACUGAUAAGCAGAGCUCAGAAGAAAAUCACUAUAAUCUGUCCUUAAUUCUUGAGUGCCAAGCUAACUGCCAGCAGUGAAAUGGAGAGGAAAUAAUAUGUUACCAAGUAUAGCUUAAAUAAAGACAUACAUUAUUCGGGCUCUUUCUUCUGUGUGUCUCUACAUAGGCCUAGGAGGGCUACAGGAGUGCUCAGGCACAUUCACACAAACCAACGCUGCAUUUCCUUGCCCCCAGGUUUUGCACUCUUUCAUGGCCCAUGCUGCUGUGCUCAUCUAUCCAGCAAGUGAGGACUCAAGAUGAAAAACUGAGACAGCUCUGAACAAUUGCCAGGCACCGCUGAGAGACAAAGAGUAAAAAGUGUGCAUGAAGCACAAAUGGCAUGUAAAGAUUAGCAAUGGGUGAAUUUCCAAGGUCAGGAGCUGAGUUUCAAACACGCCUGAGGUUUGAUUGCAAACUCCAGGCCAUAUCCAUAAGCUCUUGAGUCUGCCAGUCUGAGCUGAAAAACUCAUAAAAACGGGGCUUAGCGCAAAACUUAUAGCCCCACUCUUUCCAGUAAUAGCAAGAAAUAUAAUGCAUCUGUUCCAUAAUCUGUUGAAGUCCAUAGAAAGCUUCCACUUGGCUCCAGUGAGUUUUGGAUCAGGUACCUCAGAAAAUAAUUUUACUGCUGGUCCUGGCUAACACUGAAAAUGAAAUGUGUGCUUACACACUCACAACAUCUACUCUUUGGUCAUCGAAUGUUAUGUUUUUCUUUUUUUCUCCCUGAUUUAGGUUUUCCAUCCUGUCUGCCCCACUAAUAACCCAAUCUUACAGCCUUCUUCAGAGCCAUAGUUAGACAUUACAACACUUUUUAAAACAAAUGACCUACUGCUGGUGUGAGGGGGGUCUGAUAAGUUCCCUGUUGACAUCAGCGGGAGAACUGGAGCCUGAUACAAUGCUGUCGAUUUAAUUGCAGUAUGCCUUGCACGUGUUUAGGAUUUAACUUGGAGAAAGAGGCUAGGCGACUGACUGCCUCAAUAUAGGCCGCAAGAGGGAAAUGAAAUGCUGGUCACCUCUAGUAAAGCACUCCAGAAUCACAAAUCAGUUGUCCUUCCUUGCUCAGGGAAGACUUGCAAUGAAAAUAACUGAGGCUCAGAGAGGUUAUCUGUAGGGGAAGGUGGGGGAGUGAAAAAAAGGAAACCAAACGGCAGUUGCUAUAGGUCAGAAUUGACGGGCAUUGAUAGAGUUAACGUGAGGACAAUCCAACGUUGCCCACAGCAUCAGCAGCAGGAAUUGUCAGUCCCUUCCAGGACUGCAUUUUUAUAUUUUUCCGUCACUGAUUGACACUCCCGCAGAGUGGCGGAAAGCGCCUUCAGAAGUUUUCUUGCAUAGGGUGUAUACGCAUGGACACCCUCACUCCACUCCUUCCUUAGACACACACACACGCAUACCCAACAUGACGUGGGUGCUAGUAACCUGUAAAUAUGUGUACUAUAGAGAGAGAAAAUACGUGGCAAAAUGCAGCAUAAUAGUUUGUUUUCUAUUCUUUUGUACUUAACUCAGGAGUUGCAAUGCAAUUCAGAUGCCAUCGGCGUCCGUGUUAGGUUGUGCGUGCACAACUUGGAAACUAUCUGCUGAAGAGACGUGGGGAAACACAAUACAACUGGGAUGAAUUGGGUAUUCACCACCAAAAUGUAUUUAGAUAUUUAAGAAAUAGUUGCUGAUGUUCUUCUGAUCCCAGAGAUGCAGGGAAAGGAAGCAGCUGAGACACAAAAACAUGUUUCUUUCUGUCUGUUUUGCCUUUGGGCAGAUACGUCCAGCAAAAAGGGAGGCAGGGAGCAGCUCAGGGCAGAAACAUCCUGAAACACUGCAGCAAGACUUUCCAGGGCUGACCAUCAGUGCUCUUCAAUACAGGGUUUCUACAGACCUCCUUCUGAUCCAGACAGUCCUGAGCUAGCCAUUCUACCUCCAAAAAUGCAGUUGUGUCCGCAAGUCCUUCCUACCUUCUAGUGGCACAGGCCUUGGUACUAACCACUCAUGUGCGAUACGUACACGUGUCACUUUCUGAGUGCAAAAAGCUAAGGGGAAAAACCUGAGGUCCCAUCAGAAGGACAGCCUUGGUGUUCACAAGACUGGUUCUUGCAGCCCUCUGUUGCAAGGGGCGUCUCAACGCAGAUGGCCAUAGUCACAAGAGAAAAAAAUUGCACCAUAUCACCUCUAAAUCAAAAGAGUUUAUGAUCCCCUAGUGUAAAAAUCCCACUGUGCCGAGAGGCAAUGCCAUGGCAGGACACCUAUUUCUAUCCUCUGCAGAGGGCUUGUGCGGGCUGUUGGCAGCACCAAGACCACGGUUGAUGCCUCUCGGCAAAGCAGGGAGCUUCACAUCCCCAUGGCUCUGAGCCCUAUCUGUGGCAGCGGGGCACAGGAGUAUCUCUGUAAAGGCAGUUCCUUUCAAGUGGCCUUGUUAUUUUUGCCAGCUGGUCAGAAAUACCCAAACAGCGACAGCAAUUCUGCGGCAGAUGAGAUAAAGAGUCAAGUCUUCAAAAAGCUGCGUGACCUGCGGGUUUUGCCCCAGUUUCAGUGAUGUAGACACCAAGGAGCGUGAAUCAGAUACGGCUCAGCCUCCUGGGGCCAGCUACAAAAAAGAGCCUCAGCAUCCAGUUCCUCUUUAGAUGGUGAAUAGGAGGAAAACACUAAAUGCCUUUGGUGUCUGCAUGAUUUUAAAAAGAAAAACAUAUAUGCUCCUAAUUUGCUUAAGCUCUUGUGACAUUUUAGCUCGAGCAUAGUUUUCAUCUGACUGCAGAGCAUAAGGCUGCAUUUUUUUAUGAAGGGUUAUUCAUUAACAGUAUAGAUCAUAAGAAAAAGGUUCAAGUAAUCAGAACAAUAAAAUAAAAGUGCAGCCUUAGACUAUUCAGUUAGAGUGUACUGAAUUAUUUAUAACUCCUGGGCACCCACAACAAUCACAGACAUCUAAUUUAAACUGUUACUAUUUUUACUCAGCAAUUUCCAUCACUUAGAAUGUUUAUAUUCAUGUAUUUGUUGUUUGAUCUUUUGCAGGACAAAUUUUCCCCUACUUACGCAGAAAAGCAUAUUUGGGGACUUUUGAAGAUAUUCUUCUGCAGCAACUUCACUUAUUUUAAAGCAUUUUGAGGCCUAGUAUGACAGAUAUUACAACUUUCAAAGCUGUAAACUGUACCUAACAUGGGCUUGAACUUUCCAUACUUUCUCAAAUAAAAUUCCCUUUGAUUACAGGUCUUUGGAAUCAAUGGGAAAUUUGCUUCAUUAACAACUGUAAGACUGGGUCCUGUUUAUAUGACUUACAUGUCAGCCCACUUAAGGAUCUUUUGCAUAGACACAGGAACAGUCACUGCUAAGUCACUCCAACUUUAUGCCAAUCUCUUUUUGUAAAAAACAACCAUUAUACUUGUGUGUGGCUGGAAUAACGCAGGGUAAAGCUAGCCCAUAGGCUGACACACAUGUACAUGUAUAUAUGUAUAUAUAUGUAUAUAUAUUUGUAAAUUUAUGAAAAAUGUCCAUAGCUUCAUGAUUGCCUGAAAUAACCUGAGGUUGAUGUACAGAAUUUCAGGCAAAGGACUGUUUCUUUUUCACAAUCCUCAUGUAUCUCAGAUUUAAAUCAAAACAAGUUAAAAAUCAUUGUUUCCCAGGAAAAUCCUCAUUCUGCCAUUGCGCCAGUCGAGGAGGGGUACCACACUAAAAUCAGCAGCACGCACACCCACACACGUAUACCCAGUUACAGGACUGGGUCUCAAGGGCUUUUCUAAGGAAAAGACACGGACUGAAAAAGCCUUGGCGGAAUUUCUGUUCCACGUUAGCACUCUCAGUAGACUCACUUAUCUUUUAUUAAGAAGCUCUUUGUACAGAUGCUGUUCUUCUGCACUAGGUUUGAGGGGCACCUCUGUGGGUGAAGUCAAGCUACACAAAGGCCUGGAUUUUUUGAACCUGAAUUCAUCCCCAUUAACCUUAAGCACUUAACCGAGCUCCUUAUGUUAAUGGGCUUGUCUCCCUUGGUUUCUUGUAUAGUUAAUGAAAAGACAGUUGCUUCUAGAUGGUGAACCAGUAAAACUGACAUCUAAGUCAGCUUUAGGAUCUCCCUCUCACUCCAUAGGGUGACAACUCACCUAUCUUGGGUGGUCCCAAGAUCUUAAAAGAUCUUAAAUCCUGGUGAGAUGAAUCAGGGACCUAAUGGAGAAGAGCAUCCGUAUGGAGAUCAGUUGUGCCGUGUGCUUCAGGUGCAUGGCCUGGCUCACCAUGCAAAACGCACGUGUUAAUUGUGGAAGACUGUUGGAGCAAAAGGAGAUGUUCACAGCAGCCUUCCCCUCCCUAACUGCAAAAUGUCUGCAAAGGAUAGGGCUUGCCCCAACCCCUAGAAAUUACAUUUGAGGUGAGUUCCUGGUGGUGGUCUCUGGGCACAGACUACUGGGUGGUCCCGGUGCUGGCGGUCAGAGAUCUUUGUUUUGAACUCUUCACCUUUCUCUGUCAGUCCUCGUUGUUGCUGAAGCAGUUCAGAGAGUGAAUUUACAUCCUAAAAGUUUGAAUAUCUAAGCUGUUCAAAGGUUACUUUCUCACUCUGUCCCCAAACCGGCGCGAAAAAGGUCAUCUAGCUGGCAGUGAUAAUCAGAAAAUUUCCCUCCAAGGUACAGUUUGGGUAGUUUCCUGGUUUUUUUUCAAUGUUAAUAACUGCUUUACAAACAGCUUACAUGGAGAUUAAAGAGACUGCAAUUUCAUUCCUUAUUGUUGGGAUUAUCGUUGUCCUCAGAAAAACUAAACUGGGGACUCAAUAAGAGAAUGAAGUGUGACUGGAUUAUUCAGAAAGCUGCUCUGACAAGGCUGAACAUACGUCUCCAUCUGAUGGUGAGAGUAUCUCAGAGCCAAAAUUUGCGUAGCAAGUCUGUCUGGAAGGACCAGCAAUAUAACCCAGUAUAAGAACUUUGGAGCUCUUGUAUAUUCCCAUAUUUUACCUGAACAAAACAAACACAGUCAGAGGAGUGGGACAAUUAACCUGAUUUCUGGAAACUCCAGGGCUGAGUGAACUUUGGAUGGUGUGCCAAUGUAUGGUCACUACUGUUUAUUUCUACAGCUAAAUUUAAGUCAGUGACUUGACAAUUCUUUACCCAUCUCUCAGAACAACUUUAGUUUUGAAAAUACUGUGAAGGUUAUGGCAAGAGGGACUUCAGCUGGCCUGCGGGGACCUGUGAAGUAAAGAUUCAAUACUGUGUACCAGUACCUAGGGAAAUACUUUAGCUAGAAAGUGAAAGAUAAAGCUGAGUUCCAGGGAUCAAAAGUUAUUUUUCAGCAUGGUACCACCUUGACCAAGCCAUACUGUUUCAUCCUGACAUUCCUCUCCUCUUCUCCCUUUCCUUUUUUGAGGAGUCAGAUAUGUAUCUCUCUCUCCCUCUCAUCCUUUUCCUCCCUCUGUGUGACAAUAUAGAGAUGCGUCCUGUAAAGGUGUUUUUUCUAAAUCCCAUUCCAUACCAACUCUUGCAUAUGUGACUUUUGUUAUUUGAGAUGUCUGUGAAAAAGAAAUAAAGGCUUUAAGAGUGAACUCUGGAAAUGAGGAGGAGCUUGAGAAUAAAUCAAAUUUAAGGAUGCAGCACCAUUUUCUGCAAGACUUUUCAGAAUAUUCCUAAAUUCUCAUCAUUGCCCUUCUGCCAUCCCUCUCUGUGAGAGGGAUAGGGACGGUCCUGGGAUGUGGGACUCUUAAAGGUCACUCUUUUAGCUGUUGACUCGCUAUGUCUCAGGAGGGUUUUGCAGAGUUUUCAGAGUUGUACUGUCAAAGGAAACCUCCAUUUAAAAGGUGAUAAAGUCAAUGUGCAACAUCACGUGGGAGGAGGCUCUAAAGGGCGACUCCAUCCCAGUUUAUCUUACUUUCCCAUUCCUUACAACAGCCCUGCAUCUCCAACCUGCUGGACUCACUUUGCCGAGGGUGUAGCUUACCAAGAGGGGCCUGCCUGACCCCUCAUCCCCAUAUUAUCUUCUUGGAUAAUUUUCCACUUUCUCUUAAAAAACCCUGUCUCUCCUCCUAAUGAAAGCCAUAACCACUCCUGUGACCCUGCAGCAGGGAGGGAACGCACAGCCUCCCGUGGGACAGCAGCGACGCCUGGGCGCCGGGGCGAUCCGAGGGGGUAGGCAGGAGGAUGGGUGCGGUACCCGUGGCUGUCUCACAUCACAGACCUGAAGCAUCAGGUCUUUGCUGAGCUCCCACGGUGCUGCUCAUGAGCCACUCGGCCAGUUCAGAGCUGUGGGUCUGACUCGUCGCUGUCUUGUGCCAUCACACACUCCUAUGGCAAAUUCGUGCAGGCAUGGCAAAACCCGCCUGUGUGAAGGCACUAGUGUUUUUGCACAACGGUCAGUGAUAAAUCAGGCUCACCGGACUCUCCUCCAUCCACAGUAGGUGCAUCUCAUGCAGAUAUCUGCUCUUUAGGAUUUCUUCUGCCACAAGUAAUGUUCGCCCUAGCCACAAGCUACCACACUGGCCAAAAGUUUUUGGAGGGUUCACCUUCCUUAACUCCCUCAUUGGUCCUUUUUUCCUUAAGAAAAAGCAUCUUUUUGCUCAGAAGAAAUUAAAAAACUCCCAUAACCAUCUUCUGGUGAUGACAAAAGUUGCAAUCGCCACUGUUUCUAAUUGACACUUUGGAAGGCUUUGGAUAAUAAUUCACUUAAAUGCUUGCGAAUUGAAGUAUGUCAGCAUUUUUCUAGGACAUUCCCAAGUAAAAUAAUAUGACUGGUACAAGACAUUUGUCAUGCAGAUGCAUCUUGGCCAGAUGUUUAUGUUUCCUCUAAGUGCAGCACAACACGUAUCAAAGCUGCAUUAGAAAAGACCUAGAAUGCCACAAUACUCAGGCAUGUUCAGAGAAAUGCAUUGAUACACUGCAUUUAUCUGGCACGUUUUCUCUUCAGAAAAUUUUACAAGUAUGAGUCACAUCAGACCUGUCUGAGGCAGGUAGGUAUUACAGCCAUUUUAGAGACAGGAAGCCAAAAGCCGGGAAAAAGACCUGAUGUUUAGUGGUUUGAUGCCCCCUUGCAACUUCGACUAGCUGCAGGUGGAGCCUUGUGUUUUCCACCCUUUUGAAAAUCCAGACCGUAGCUGGUUUAUCCGAAUCUGCAGUGGUUGUAAAUGUGAAAGCCAGGAUUAGGACACUCAGGAUCCUGACUCCAUCAGAGCACUGCUACGAUGCUUUGAUCCCACAAAGCACAUAAGCACUUGCCUAAUUUCAAGCAUGAACGUCCCAUUAAUGAUGCUAUUGCCAUGCUUAAAGCUAGGCACAUGCCUAAUUGCUUUGCUAGAUUGGGAAUUACUUUAAAAUAUAUUAACGUUUAGCAUAUUUUGAAAAUCCAAAAAUGUGUCCAUUUCUGAUUAUGUUUCGGGCAUUGUCAAGGAUAUCUGGACUGUGUAUGCAGCCGCUCAACCCAGUGGAGCACUUUUUAGCCAAUCCAGGCAGAGUUUAAUGAGUUUUGGGUAGUACCAUCCCGUUGUCAGAUGUAAUCGAGGGUGACACGUCCUGCGAGGUUCUGACUUCUGUGCUGCUGCAAGAGGCAAAGUGGCUCCUUGUGGCCGUCGGUGCUAACAACACAUCACCAACAACUGACUGUGGCGUUAGGUCGCGCUGGUAAGAUGUGAGCGCGGUGGCUAAUUUCUGAAGUAAAGCGACAUCUUAUCCAUCAAGUGCGUUGUACUUUCCAUUUCUUCCUGUAAUCUGUUGCAGAAGAGGUGAACAGAAGUCGUUUAAAUGUGAAACAGACCCAAACUUCUUGUUCCGUUACUCCAAGGUGCUAAUCUGCAGACACACGGGUGUUUAUGGAGGUGCGUCGGUGUUUGCAGGACCGUGGUCCUGAAGGAUCAUUUCAGUGGCAGGGUUGAGAUCAGGGAUCUAACAGGGAGAAUGAACAAACCCCUGUCAUUUGGAAAGACAAAAGUGGCAGAAAGCAUCACAGGACUUUGCCGACAAACUGGCUACAUCUUACAAUUUUCCUUCUGUUUUGAUUUUUUUUUUUUGUUUUAUCCAGUUUGGCACAGAAUACUGUAUUUCCAUCGAUUAAAAUCUUGUCUGGUAACUAACUAAACAACUUGUUCAUGGAAAAUUAAAAAAUAAAUAAGUAAACUGUCAAUUGUGGAAUGUAAACUGAUUAAACAAAUAAAAAAAAAUCAUGUUGUGUGUUUUAA